CCUACAAAGACUAAGUCAACAAGAAAUGUUUAGAGCAGAAUUCCCUGAACAUUGUUUGUUCCAUCUACAAUCUAUUUUGUUACAAUCAUGCUGGACAAGACAACAGGAGAUUGAGCUAGGUCUGCACAUUUUGGUUAACUGUGACGCUCAACACUGGCGUAUCAUUAUGAAGAAUCGACCCGAACAUUUGCUUUCACUACAUGUGUGUAUAGAAUCUUUAAAGAAUGCAAAAUUUACAACACUUGCAGAGAACGCAGAAAAACUUUUGGAUCGGAUCAGCAGUAGUUUACAAGCUGAACUAGACCCGCCAGUUGAACGUAAAAAAACACGAACAGAGAACUGGAAAGACGAAGAAAAAAACGAACUUCUCUCACUGAUAGAGAGAAACAAGAGAGAGAUAGAAUGUAAAGGACGAACCAGCGAAUGUAAGAAAAAAGUAAAACAAGCCUGGGAUGACCUCACACAAGAACAUAGAGCAAAAUACCCGUCACGUGACCUACAGAAAGUGAAAGAACAAUAUCAGAGGAUGAAAUCUUUGGCUAGACAAGACAUGAAAAGGGCAAGGAGAGACCCUCAUGGCAGUAGACUUUCUGGUUUUACUAGAAGAAUAUUUGAUAUUUGUCCUGAAGAUUUUGUAGACUUUAAGGAACUUUUUGAGUCUGAAUUAAACACUGGGAAUACAACAGAGCCAGACCAAGUCACAGAUGUGGUUGAUGGAACAAGUAGCGGCAGUUUUCAGCCGUCUUCCUCCCUCAAUAGUGAAGGUGUCAAUGUAGCUGCAAAUGUAGCAGAAGAAGAAAGAGAUGCCAUAGAAUACGGUAACCAGGAAUCGACGGAAAGUCACAAUGAACAAAAUAUGGAUGAUGGUGUAGCAUCUUCAAACUUGCACGUUGAAGCAAAUUUCAACGAGAAUCAAGAGCUAAUCCAGGAAAUGUAUUACGGUACAGAUGUCCAAGCUCAAAAAGAAGCCACAGACAGAAUCCGAAACCAGAACAUCGAGAUGCAACCUCAGCCUCAGAUAGCGGAUUACGCUGACACAGAAUGGAAAAGAAAAUCUCAUCCAUCUAUACAGGUUAGACACGGAUGUAGAAACUUGAAUAAAAGACGAAGGUUUGGUGACGUUGAUGAACUGGAAGUAGAAGAACGGAGGACAAAAUUGGAAAAAGAAAAAGUGGAGUUGGAAAUAAGCAAGUUAAGGAUGAGAGAGAAAGAAGAAAAACUAAAGCAAAGAACAGAGAAACAUGAUGUGGAAAUACAAUUGAAGAAACAAAAGCACGAACAGAGAAUGAGAGAAAGAGAAGAGAAAUUAAGAAUGGAGAUAGAAAGACAUGUACUAGAGCAGAGACUUUUAGAACAGAAGCUCCACAAGGAAGAAAGUAAAGGGAUGUUGACAUCAAGCCACGAGAUACUGGAUGUAGCAGGACCCAGCUACACACAGCUGUAGGUCAAGGCGUGUUUCUGUUUAUGGUUUUGUUUGGCAAUCUUUGACUGUUACAUUUCAAAAACUGACAUCUCUAAUUUUAUAUAAUUACCUGUUCAUAUGCUAUUACUUUCGAUUGAGACGCUUAUUUUAAAUCUUUAAAGAGGUCGAUCGAACUCUUUAUAAAUCCAGAGAAAAAUUGUUUUAUCUCUAACAGUACAGUGUAAAAAUAUUUAAAAGUCUAUACAAUAUUAAUCAAUUUUUAAUUUGCCCGACUGUUAUUUCGUAUUAUAAUGAAUUAAAAUAUUACAUUAAAUGAAUUUAUGUUUAAAUGUUUUUAUUAUUUCUGCUAUCUAUUAAAUUAGUUAUUUUAGCUAAUGUCAAAGUAAGAUUUUAUCUCAUACAUUUUCUGUGGAAAAGUAUAGUAAUU